AUGACGCAGAAUUGGCGUCCGCAGAGUAGGCUCCAGACCAUGACGUUUGCCGGCACGGCUCGCCCUAUGACUUCCAUGACUGCAGCUGGCUUUACAAAGAAUCCUUUGGCAACAGCAGGGGUAGCGAGUAUUUUUGACAAACUCCCACCAGAACCCCCGAAGGAUUCUCCAGAACAGAAGGCCGAUCAAAUGGAGAUCAAUAUUUUUAAGCUGCUUCGCGACGGAAUGAGUGCUGCCAGUUGUAAAGACUAUGUUACUGCUUUGGGCAGAAUUCGUGAGGCGAUCAAGUUGGAGCAAAAGGUAUCACAGCACAGAACCAUGAACGGGCUUGCUGAUAGCAUUAACUUGGAUUUGCGUACGUGUAUAUGGAUGCAUUGGGCUCAAAUUCAGGCUCUUGGCGGGCAGCCGGAAAUGGCUCUUUCGACGUAUGAGAAGAUUGUCAAGACAGCGGAAGGCGCAACUCUCGCCCAGAUACGGUUCAACAUGGGAAACAUAAAUCACAACCUUGGAAAGUAUAACGAAGCAUUGAAGAAUUUCAGAAUGGCUAUCGAUCAGGCUUCCCCCAGCCUACCCCGCUUUAGACAAAAGAUAGCGAGCCACAUGGCUCAAUCAUGCAUUAAGUUACACAGAUGGCAGGACGCAGUAGAUCGUAUCGAGGAGUAUCUCAUAAAGCAGUACACAUUGGCCAGUUCGGUGGGUACUGACGUCGAAAGACAGAACUUCUAUGCGAUGACGACCCGCUUUGAUCCGUUAUACACAGUGUUAAUAGGAUACUAUGCCCUAGGUGUUCCAGAGAAGAUGAUCGAUGCUUAUUCUCGCUUAAUAGACUCUAGUAUUCUCAUUAGCGACCACCCAGACAGUCUCGAGAUUGAUGACCAUCACAACGGGAUCAGUAGUAAGCAGAUAGCAAUGGCAGAUGCUGAGCUGUGCAAUAUGAGCAAUGACGACGAGCUGGAUGAUUUGAGCCGCUACAACGCGACGCUUCGACACGAGCAUACAAACAAGCUUCUAAUCAGUGCACGCCUGCUCGCACCAGCUAUCGCAUGGGAAGAGUCCCAGGGCUACGCGAAGCUCAGCGAUAUUCUCCGGGAGAAGGGUCACCAUGGCAUCUCUCUGCAAGUCCAAAUGUCGAUGGCGCUAACACUUCUCAAGAGGAAUGAGUUUGAGAAAGCCACAGAUAUCAUGCUUCGCAUUGAUCGCGAAGGACUCGAAAGCGCCCUUGCUCUGGGGAUCAACGUGCCGCUGUCUAUUUUGCAGAAGACACGUAACCUUUCUCUCACUGCAGCUGCGACGGCUGUGACUAACCAGGAAAGUGAUCUGCACUUGCUCGGAAUAGACCCCAGUGUUCUGGCAAAUCAACAAUCCGUCGUCGAUAGGGAUGCAGUUGCCAGCCGCGGGGCACCCGAAGUGGACAUGUUAAAAACUGACGAUGAUAAUGGGACCAAAAAGCAGCCAUACGCAGCGUUUGUGCCCAGAGGGGUCCAUACUAACAUCGCCUUUAUUUACUACCUCAAGGGAGACUAUGAGGCGAGCGCAAGGCACGCCCAGAUUGCUCUAGAAAUAGACCCCUACGAUUCCUUUGCCCACAUUAAUCUUGGAUGUACCUACAGUAAGACUAACCAGUGGGAGCUCUCUCUGCGUGAAUUCCUCAAGGCUCAGGAGAUCAAUAUGGAGUCCGUUCAAGCUACUUACAACGCAGGGCUGGUUUACUUCAAGCAACAAGAAUACAAAACAGCAUACUCCUGCUUCCAGAAGGUUGCCAGCAAACUUCCAAGCUAUGGAGAUGCUAUUUACAUGAGCGCAGACUGCCUUGCCAGAAUGUCACAAAUCGACGAGGCAAUCCAAAUGCUCAGCAACUUGGUUACAAUGUUUUCAGCAGUCAAAGCCUAUGACCCCAGUAUUUACAUAAGACUGGGCGAGCUUUACUCAAUAGCCGGCGACGAGGGACAAGCUGCACACUAUUUCAAAGAGGCGCACAGGCUUGUACCCUUCAGUCUGGCAGUUAUUAACUGGCUGGGGUCGCACUAUAUCAAGAAUGAGCUGUAUGAACAGGCGCGCGUGUGCUUUGAGAAGGCUAGCAGAGUUGACACGACGACGCCCAAAUGGUCUCUUGCCGUUGCCGCUUGUUUGCGGAAGUCAAAGCAAUAUAGGGAUGCAAUCUACGAGUACAAACAUAUUCUUAAGAGAUUUCCAACCAACACCACUGCCAUGACCCACUUGAUCUCUUCACUAAACAACAUUGGACAGCACAAAGAAGCAGAUGAGUGGGCAGAAAAGCUCACUAAGCUAACUAACAAUAAGGUACCAGAGGUAACGGAAGACCGAGAACUCGAUGAAUUUGUCAAGCAGGAGAGAAGGAACUCAGUGGCUGCCGUUGGACCUGGAUCAAGAGCAGGUCAGGAUCGAUUCGAGGCAAGCAAUAAUAGAGUAAGUUCUAAUACCGGAGAUCUGUUCGGGGAUGUGGAUAUCGCCGAAGAGCUUCUCACAGAAAACUGA